AUAUGCCCUCACACUCCAGCCGCUCUCUCCCGCUGGUUCUAGGCUAAACCAAGCCAAAGCAGAAGGAGCACAAUAAGCAGAUCGCACCGUGGAGGCUAGUCUGCAGCCGUGAGGAGAUCGUUCACUGAGAGAGAGUUCAUGGCGGAUUGGGGGCCAGUGUUCAUCGGGCUGGUGCUGUUCAUCCUGCUCUCCCCGGGGCUGCUGUUCCAGAUCCCCGGCAAGGGCCGGACCAUCGACUUCGGCAACUUCCAGACAAGCGGCCUCUCCAUCCUCGUCCACGCAAUCAUCUACUUCGCCCUCAUCGCCAUCUUCCUCCUCGCCCUCGGCGUCCACAUAUACCUCGGCUAGUCGAUCAGCGGCGGCCGUCGAGAGCACACCGCGCAGCGACGGCUGCGGCGGACUCCCCUCUGGCCGGCCAGCUUAGGUACCGUGUGUGGUGGAAGCAUGUUCAUCUCUGCUGUUGGUUACUUAGCAUGGUGGUAUACUACUGGGGGGACAGUGUGAUGUGGUGAUGUUCUCUGGGCAUUUGUUGGGUUCGUGCUUUGCUACUAUUGUCUCUGAUACAAUCUCAUCUCAUAUGUGAAGUACUGAUUCCAUGAUGGUCAUGCAUGAUCCUUCAUGUCUCUUAUUAGCAUGAGGUGUGUUAGUGCUGGCUAAUUGAGCACUGAUUUGCUUGAAAUGAUAACUGAGAAUCGAUUGCAACU